UCUCCGCAGUGUUGUUGUAAGCAUUUCAAAAUUGGCCCCAAUAUUUUAAUUUUCCGGAAUUUCAAUGUCCGGAGGGACCAACAUAACUCCUCAAUCCGGCCGAAGACCACGCCUCGGAUUGGGCAGGCGUGGUUGUCAAUCCACGCCUUUAAUGAGACUUCACAGGGGCGAAACCUCUGUAAAUACCCCAAAAAUUGGGAACCAGGAGACUCCAAAGGCCCUAGCACUAUCCCUGAGCGCACGCAGGAUAGGUUUGUCCAGAAACCGGACGGAACUGACCAAGAAGAAGCUGGAGUUUGCUGUUGCGCAGGAAAACAAGGACAAUGAGCCAGAGGUUGAGAAGAAACCCGCCAAAAAGGAGGCCAAGAAGGUCAACCAUAGGAAGAGCGAUCCUAAAGAGAAUUGCCAUAAGUCAGAGGAUGAACAGCAGCAGGAUCUCCAAAAGAAUCCUCCGGAAGAGAGUCCCCAGCACAGUAAAAUCACAGAACUACAGGGAGAUAUAGAAGUCUGGCACCGGGCAUUCAGAGCCUCUGUGGACGAUCUACUGACGAUGGCGGAGCCAGGACUCUCGAAGAAGGAGCUCCUCGCCCAGCUGGGCAUUCCCCUCGAGAUGCUGCGCUACCUGGAGGAGGAUUAACCUUAAAUAAACAUAGUUCGCCAUUAGAUUUAACAUUAAGAAACUGUAUAUUCCCAUUGCAACAAGGAGGAAACUCAAACUU